CCGUUCCACUAUUAUCUACGGCUUCAAGGAAGAACGCCCGCGCAGACUAACUUGAUGUUUACAAGAGUGCAAAGAUAGCCCCCCCAAAAUAAGAUGUUGUGCCCAGAAAUGUUGAUUUCAACUUUGGUGGUAGUUUUGAAGCCAAGUCAAUGCGAUAAGCAAAAUCUGCUUAUUCAACUUUGGCGAUUGGAGACGUGACGUCGAAACAGGCUGUUAAAGUUCAAGGCGACCGCGAUUGAUGUGCGACGGGUCGUUGUGGUGUAUGUACAACAGAAUCGCAAUCAAAUUCCCUCGGUGUGGUCCCGCUUGCGUCGCAGAGGCCCGCGUGGCAUUCAAGGCGCCGGGAAGAGGGAUUGGAGUGUGUUCGUGUUGCUGUUCAGCUGGUCAAAGUUCAUGAGUAACAACUCCAGAUAUGGGAAACUUAACACAGGGUGUCCCCCAAAGUCAAGAGACGCGUCCGUUUUCCUGUUCGGUUUCACCAAUAAUAUAUUUUUUUUGACGGCUCAGACUGCGGUUUUUGAAAGCGCACCGUUCCCUCGCCGCCCCGAUGGCUCGCCAAUUGACAUCGGAGCAGCGUUGCAUAAUUGUCGCCUGGCAAGAAGUUCGACGCCGGUUCAAGAAGCUUUUAUAGCCAUCGCGCCGCUCCAACUUGUAGUACAAUUUUACCCGGAGUCGGUGGCAAGUGUCUCGAAACAGGAUCUCUUCUCGACAAGCCGCGCCGCUGCUACCGGCCCGAAAAGUCUUAUUACUGUCUGUGCGUCCCUUUAAUUCCAAGUACGUCCGCUUUGCGUUCAACUAAACGAGACCAGAUGUGACACAGACUGAGAGUCGGUACGUUUUGGAGUAAAUUGAGACGAGAUCAUCAUUAUUUCAAUAUACACUCUCGACUAUGACAUUUCGGUUUGGUGCUAGGCCACCAAGUGUUUCCAAUGUGAAAUAUGUGCCUUGGCCCAAAGGCUGGGAAAGACUGACAUCAUGCGGCAGUGGAACCUCUUUCCCCGUUUUCCCACUUGGAAAGAAGGUCACUUGAAUGAAUGCCAGCACACUAUUUCCAUUGUAAAACCUUGAUUAACGUAUCACGUUAGCGCGCCCAACCGUCAAAUGCGUCAAGAGGUUUGUCGUAACUCCUCAAAACAAUAUUUUUACUCACCCUUUGAUGAGAGCCGAUGAACGUGGCCAUGUUACAAGUUGCCCCGCGCGAAAACGCUUCUUUGCUAAUUAUUGUUCAAUGUCAAAAAUUGCUAACUUCAACUAUGCUAGCUUGUACUUGAGCUUUUCACGCUAUAGCUGCAUCGUCGCUAUAGGUAAUAUAAAGAUAAUUAUUUCAUCUUGUGCUCAAUUGGAUUGCAUCACUUACUCAGACAAAGGUACAUAUGAUGAUUUAAUCGGAAAUAAGUGGGUAAAAAAAAUGUCAGAAGUCUGUAUCAAACUGGUAGCCCUUCACAAUCGCAUUUUUCGCACCCAUAUCCAAGUAACUUGAUUUUGCGUAUCUGCCGAUAUCGAGUCCCGAUCCGAUACCUCGACGGCGCAUUAACAGGAAUUGAAUAAAUGAAUCGUUUUGCCCCAAUUACAUGUAAUUGGAUGAUUUUCCGCAGCACAUCUGAUGAUCCUUGACAGCACAGGUGUUGGGAAUCACAUUACAUCCUUCCUUUUUAAUUGUGUUAAAUUCAAACGCCAUUGUUGUUAUUCUUUUUUUAUGGUGAAGCGCUAGCCGACAAAUCCUCAAGUCCUUUUUAGGAUGCGUGCUGAUGGAAAUUUGCCUUUUGGGGCUUUUUGUGAACCGUCAGUGUUGCAUUGUGGCUGCAUUCUGCUUCAAAUUGAACUCCCCCCGGUUUGUUGGAAAUAUUCUGCACCACAAGUGUAAGUUGAGCCGGUGUGUGAUUUGGCCUGCUUGUCAAUGGUGAAUUGCCCCGCAACCAUCUUGUCAGUCAAGAAAAGAUGCCCGUGAAUGUCAGAAUUUCCCCCCGCGGCGUCUAGCCACUCUCGAGGUAUGUCGCAGGGCUCUGUGAUGGGCCCCUUUGUACUUUCAGCUUUCACUCGGUGACGGUUGGAUCAGUGCAGUAAUUACUUGAUCAUGCAGUUCUUUUUUUUCUUUUUGUUUUUUUUACAGGGCCAUGUCAGGUCUUAUACUAUGUAUGCUGUUUUCAAGGCAGGUCAGGCAGGUUAAAUGGCGAGUAGCUUCUUAGAAAGAGCGUCAAUCACUGGAACAACUGACAGGGGGGGAAAAUAUUUUAAAUGUCUGCCUUUUACUUAGACUGCGCUAUGUAAUAAUGAUCCAGCAGUAACUCACAGACGAAAUUCCUUUCCAAAAGUAGGUUAAGUACAGUAUGUCAGGUAAUGAACGGGUAAAUAGGACCUUGGACUGUUUGAUUAGCUCGAAUGAGAGAACAAAGUCUGCACUGACAAGCCUUUUACAACUCUUUUGUUGGUAAAGUGUUGGGACUGGCAUAGGGGUGACUAAAUUUGUUUCUGUUGUCGCCUCAAAGGCAAAAAAAACCCCCCAAAUACGGUUUAAACUAUUAAGACAGGCCACUAAAUCUUUUAAGAGGCUGAUACCUCCUAAAAAAAUCCUCUCCAAGUGACACCAAAAUUACUAACAUUAAUGUAUAUUUUUAUAUAAAUAUUAAAAUUAGAGCUCAAAAUCCCUGUUCCCUAAUUGUGUUGGCAGCAGUGACCGAGUUCCGGUUAGAUUAAAAAAAAAAUCCGCUUCCAAACCCGGAAAUGUUUUCCUUUUUAGUUUAAAAUGGCGAACCUAUGGCGAAGCUAUUUUAAACUAAAAAGGAAAAUCUUGCAUCGUUAGUAGUAGAAUUUUUGAAUCCAUCCGGAACUCUGGGAUUUUGCUUGUGAGUCUAAGCUCUGCUACAUUUUUGUGAAAUAAAAUACACACAUACACAAAUCAAUUUUCUGAAUUGAUGACCACGUAGUAUUUGCUCAUAAAUUAAGCAAAAUGUCAAACCAAAUACCGGCCCUUGCGUUAAGAUUAGUGACAAAGUUACAGUUGCUUUUGUGCAAUGCCGCUAAAUCUCCUUGGCGAAGAUAACGAGUGAUUAAACUUAAAAAGUGACAUUUAAUCUGGCUGGGAUCAUUGCCAUGAACCCCCCCCCCCCCCCUUCUUUUUCCUUAUUGAUGGUAAUACAUGUUUGCUUUUAUUAUUUGUAUGUCGUAAUUACCGAGACAUUUAUUCGCCUGCGGGUUCAUCUACCGCCGGCUUCAACCCGAGCAAAAAAUAGAUUUAUGGACUCGCUUGGGCACAGCUGAAAUUUCACUCCCGAUACUUGACGUGCUGCGACAAGUCAGGAGCCGCGAUUGGCGACAGCUGUUCUUGCCACUGGGCUCUGACUCGCGUGUACUUUGACGCUUUCAAUAAAUCCAGAUGUCAAGCAAGUUUCGAAACAGCCACCGACUCGACGUCUUAAAUCUGUCAUCCGCGUUAUGUUUUACAAAAGUUGCACUCCACACCCUUGUAUUCUUUGAUCGGUCCGAGCCUGCCUUAAAAUGAGAAGAAAAAAAAAUAGCAGGAGGAGGAAGAACCUCCUCCUCGUCCUCCCUCCUGCUUGACCGGGAAAGUGUGUCAGUGGAGCAGUUUGGGCGCCGCUCAGCUGACUGGCAGGUGAGCCGGCGAAUCAAAACGCUCAAGUCACCCGCCCGGCAGCCAAUGGCAACGGAGGCGGGAGAGCGAGGCACGUCACACGGUUGCCCGGACAACCACCUUUUGAAUGCGUGCAUUCGUGGAAUGCGGCCAGACUGCAGUUAUAUAACAAGCUUGCCGGAGGGGCGGGAGGCCUUGAAGAGGAGCAGUAGAGGGAGCAGCAUUUUUUUUUCCCCCUUUGCACUUUCCAUUUUAUUUCUUCAUGUAUAUCCUUCCGAUACCGCCCAUGAAUUCAAGCUGUUAUGCAGGAAGUAUGGAUGAAAUGUUUCCAAGUUGUUAUGUUUUGUUUUCUUUUUCUUUUUUUUUCUUUUGGGAUGACCUCAUAUUCUGCUCAAGAAAAACAAACCCAAGCCGGAUUUAAUUCUUAGUAUUUUUUUUUUUUUUUAUAAAAGAGUCUUUAAAAACAAAUUCAUUAACUGUCAACGGUCAGUUUCAUCACUUGCGGUUUUUCCCAUUCGAGAUCCUCAGAAGUAGGUUUGUUUUUCUGCAAGUAUUUUGUUCUUCCUAGAGAAGGACAAGGACAAGUAGGAAGAGGGGGGGUUGGGGGGGCGGCUUGACAGGGAGCCAUGAAACUUUAUAACCUCGGGCCUCGGCUAAUGCAAUUGACCUGCUAUUCUGGGCUUGAGGAGGCCCGGGCUACUUAGAUAAACAACGUAAUGAAAAGAACAUGCUGUUCCGCGCUCAAAUAGAAGUCAUACCCUGUAAAAUCUGCGGGGACAAAUCUUCGGGCAUCCAUUAUGGUGUCAUCACCUGCGAAGGCUGCAAGGGUUUCUUCCGACGCAGCCAACAGAACAACGCCAUGUACUCCUGCUCGCGGCAGAGAAACUGCCUGAUCGAUCGGACCAAUCGCAACCGCUGCCAGCACUGCAGGCUGCAGAAGUGUCUGGCACUGGGCAUGAGCCGCGACGCGGUGAAAUUUGGCCGCAUGUCCAAGAAGCAGCGCGACAGCCUGUACGCCGAAGUCCAGAAGCACCAGCAGUCGCAGGAGUGCGCCGGCAUGGCAGCCCGGGAAGAGAGCGGCGACCCGGGCGACCACGACCGCACCUACAGAAGAGUACCCGGCACCACGCUCAGCGAUCUGGACGACUUCGCCACCACGUUGCCCGACGGCCUCCUAUUCGACCUGCCGCUGACCCCCGAGGACGGGGGCUGCGAGUACGGCAACCUGGACAUGCUCGCCGGCAGCGCCGGCAGCAGCUCGUCCUCUCAAAGCUCCCCGGAACAGACCAACUUGGACUUUACGGAGGGCAACCACAGCAUCAAGCACGAGUACCAGCUGUUGCACGACUCCGGGCUCUUCUCGCACGCCAUCCUCAACCCGCUGCCUGAAGGAUGCUCCCUCCUUGAGCUCGAGCACAUAACUCAGUGCGUGGUCAAGUCCCAUAUCGAGACGAGUCAGUACAGUACAGAGGAGCUGAAGAGAAUGGCGUGGUCAACGUAUACCAUGGAAGAGACUCGAAUGUACCAAACUAAGUCCGCUGAGGCCAUGUGGCAACAGUGCGCCAUUCACAUCACCAACGCCAUCCAGUACGUGGUGGAGUUUGCCAAGCGCAUCUCCGGCUUUAUGGACCUGUGUCAGAACGAUCAGAUUAUCCUUCUCAAAGCAGGUUGCAUGGAUGUCCUUCUGAUCCGAAUGUGUCGCGCCUAUAACCCCAUCAAUAACACCUUCCUCUUUGACGGAAGGUUCGCCCCCGCUCACUUCUUUAAGGCUCUCGGCUGCGAUGACCUCGUGACGGCCGUGUUCGACUUGGCCAAAAGCCUGAGUCGUAUCCAGAUGUCCGAGGAGGAAAUCGCCCUCUUCACUGCCGCUGUGUUGCUCUCACCAGACCGACCGUGGCUGACGGAUGUGCAACAGAUCCAGAAGCUUCAGGAGAAGGUCUACGUAGCCCUCCAGCGCUGCUUACAAAAAGGCGGCGCAUCGGAAGAGAAACUCGCCAAGAUGGUGUCCAAACUUCCCAUCAUGAAGUCCAUUUGCAAGCUCCACAUCGACAAACUGGAGUUCUUCCGUCUGGUCCAUCCCGAGACGGCGUACACCUUCCCGCCACUCUACCGGGAGGUGUUUGGCAGCGAAAUGACUUUCCCAGACUCCACAGAGGGCUAAGCAAUGUCCACGCACUUAGGUACAGGAAAAAAAGAAAAAAAAAAUCAACAACCCCCCAAAAAAAACAAAACCGAGAUUCUGCAACCAAGACUGCGUUGAGGGAGCAAAAGAGCCAGAGAGAGAGAGUUUAAAACCACGUGGCACCAAGCAAGCCGCUCAAUGACAGUCCUGCACGCUACACUUUUAGGAGACACUCCUCUCAACCUCGGAAACUCCCGACCUGACCCGCACUUGGCCCUUCCGGCGCCGCGUCCGAGCGUGCCUGGUUUACCUCUCUUUUGAAGGGAGCUCCGAGAAAAGGAUUAAAAGAGUGGCCUAGACAAUUUCUAUUCUCCAAAAAUUAUUUUUCUAAGUCCUUCAAGUAGAUGUCGUUUCGACAAUAGUUCUCACAGCUCCAGGAAACUCUGGUUGAAUGUAACCCCCCCCCCUCCCUACUCCCCCGCCCUGUGCCCCUUUUAACGCGUUCAGCACAGCCUCAAGGCCUGAUUCCGAAUGUACAUACUGAAUGAGAGUGAGAACUUACCUCACUUACCUCAUGGAUUUUUUUUUUCUUCAGUUGCCAUUCUCGUAGCAAUCAACCACUUUUCACUCGGCAUCGGUUGUCGCUUUUUUUUUCUUUUUUUUUUGCAGGGUUUUCAGCAUGCGGACAAAGCGUUCAUAGGGACCAUGAUCAAACUCACAACCGUUUUUUUUUUCUCUUUUACAAACGCUUAUGCAGGUAUUUUGUUUUUUGUUCUUUUUUCCUAGCAUACCCUCAGACACCAAUGUAAAUGGGCUCUUGUUGAUGCAAUCAUUACCUCAGUCCCAUGCGUCCUUCCCCCUUUGCAUAUGACACUGAAAGUCAAAAUUGAGAUUGUGCACAUCACAGGUUCCAUUUUAUAUCGAAAUAUAACGCACCUAUGUGGCCGUUUGUCGAAGACAAAUGCGCUUGUGUCACACACGUAAUGGCUGCCUAUACGGCGGAAGGGUUGUUUUCACUUUUGAGAAAAUACCAAUGGAAAAUUACAAUAACGGACACUGAAACCAAAAUAGGGCUGUCUGAUCUGUGGCGCCACCCACCCCACCCUCUGAUACACACACACACACACAGAGGGCGAGAGGAAAGAGGGACACACGCCAGAGCCGCCGCUGCCUGGUCAGCACACGCGAAAGAAAUCCACUUCCUUGUUCGCUGUCAAGUAUAUACGGACGUCACACAUAGAUUGUGUUUUAAAACAGUACUUGACCAUAUUUAAACUGACUAGUGGAUUUUUUAAAAAAAAGCAAAGCUUGUAAAAAUCGAACGGCAAAGGUCAUACAAUGUAACAUGAUUGUUUGGGCGACUUGCAAAAACACCAUCCAGGAAAAGUUCAUUUCGCAUGUAAUGCACACGUAAAGCCACAAAGCACAUCCAUCCCACGUUCUGAACCAUUUUGUCCUUACUACGGUCGUGCGUGGACAGAUUGGUACAGAACGACACACGCGUCGACGCGGUUAAAACACGCACGCGACGCACAACAAACGCGGUUGUAGCAUAACAUUUGUAUCAUUAAAGCACAUUUGCAGUACAAUGUGAAUGGAAAUUUUAAUUUAUUGCUGAAUUUAAUGAUGAUGGCUGUCCGUAAGUUCUCAGAAAAAAAAACACUUUCCACAUCCUUUUGGAUUAAUAUUUUGUCGUUUCUUUAAAAAAAAAAAUCGUAAUAUCUUGAAUGCAUCAUUGAGAUAUCAAGCAAAAUUCGAAAUAUUAAAAGUUUGUCCAUAUCGCACAGCCCUUUAUUUGGAUCUUUCCGAAAAGUAACCCAAAAUAUCCACCAUUGAUUCCAUUGCACCUCGGCUCCAUGUCAACCCCCGACAGCUGAAAUAAUGAGCAGAGCGGGAUAUGUCAUGAUGUGCUCUAUGGCCACGGCAUGUUUUGAUUUGAAGGGGCGGAUCCAAAGAACACAGAGUGGACAGAUGGGCCGCCGCUUUAUAUAAGCUCCUUAGACGUCGGUUAGAGGGGAUUUAUUAUCUACGCCAACUCUCACUACCGUGGAGCCUGACUCCGAAUUCGAACACGAUCCCUUCCCUGCUGCCGGUUGACUUCCAUGGUCAAUCCGUUUAUUUACCUCCCCAUGAUACAUAAACUCCAUUCAUUUGUAAACUAAGCACAUAAGCUUGCAAAUACAUAUACGUGGAGGGAGUUUCCGCGUACACACACAAAAAAAAAUAGAUUAAAACUUUAUUGAGAUUUUGAGGCACAUUUUUAAGCGCCAAACUUUUUGUUCGACUUCAGACAGAAGCCAUCCCAACCCGUAUGUCCCUCUCAUCUUUGGACCCUUUACUACCUCAUUUCCUCUCACACGUUCAUAUUGAAAAGCUUUCAGCAUGAUAGCUAGUACUCACUAAAUCUUUUUUUUUUUUUUUUUUUUAACUGAAGCUUGAGGGUGAAAUUUCAGGAAGAACCUAAAAUGAACUAUAACCUCAACAGGUGAACUUAAUUUGACCUUCCUAGUCAUUGACACACACGUCACUCACCAAGACAGGCCCCGCCUUUUAAAGCAACACAGAUACUACACUGUGGGGACUAUAAAAAUAAUACUCGUCCCUCACAUGCAUAUUGUGUAUUGUUAUUGGUUAAUCAUGUGUUGUCAACUGUUCACCGAUUCAUCGAUGGGCUAAUCGGUUGAAUUGAUUGUAAAAAUAUUUAAUAAUAUAGAGCAAACAUCAGCUCCUUGUCAGAGAAGAAAAGGGUGUGGGCAAAGUACCGUACUUUGACAUUGAACAAUGGAACGUUCAAAAGUUUAAAGAAGCUCAAAUUAAGUUGACUUAUUAACAUUGCAAUGCAGUUUAGGUUUGUCUUACAAUUUUACCCAAACACCCGACACCCCAAAAUCUUUGUAAUUACAGUCCAUAGCGAAUAUGACGACAAUAUACGACGUUUGAAAUCCUGUCAUUGAAAGUGAAAAAUCACAAACUACAAUCAUACAUCGGAUGUGAAAUAUUUUAAUCUUCAGCAGCAUUAAAAAACAAAAAUCAGAUGCCGUCCUAGCUGCGGCACAGUGGGAUUGUGCAAUUGGGCCUUUGUUGCCAUUAAGUAGCAUAGAUUUUUUUUUUCUUUUUUGGAAAAAAAAAAGUUCUUUUGAUUCUAAUAUGACAAAUUCAGAGCCAACUCAUGUGCAGGGUUGACUGGAUUGUAACAAGGUGCAAUACUUUGUCGUAGAAUGUUAAUUUACGUUUCAACACCCCACCCCCCA